UGUCCAUUGCUUUAUUUCUUAGCCUGGUAUCUAGACGCAAAAUUUCCGCGCGUUCGUCGGUGAAAGUUCACAACUCAAAGAAGGGUGGCGGGAGCUGUUGUCAGUCCUGCUCUGUUGUGAGGAAGUGCCAUUGUUAGGCGUUUAGAAGUUAGAAACGCAGAAGCCACUGAUAAGUUUUCGUGGCAGAUUUCACGGAAGGAUUGCUUCUACAACUGGCUUGCAGGCAUGGAUCAUAAACGACACAACGGCAGCCGUCUCAUGGGUGGUCCAUCCCAGGCCAAACGGGGUAAAACGAUGGGUGAAUGGGAGGACAGUCCUUCGCAGUUUGAAGAGGAGUUGUCCAUGUUUGAAGAAGCAGACUUGGAUGCAGAGGAGAUGGAGGGGCAGGCAGGACACGAUGUUAUUCCAGUAGGUGACCUUUUCUCAGCAGACCUAAACCCUCGCUGGCGACGUCCUACUGCCCCCUCACUGGACCCAUCAUCUGAUAUUCUGGUGUUCCAGCAGAUUGAUCUGGACUACUAUUUGGGGGAAACGGUAGCGGGCAUGCCCGGUCAGUCGCAAGGAAAAGUGCCAAUCAUUCGGAUGUUUGGUGUAACAGACAAUGGCAACAGCGUGUGCUGCCAUGUUCACGGCUUUGCCCCUUACUUCUAUGUUCCUGCUCCAAAUGGGUUCACAUCUGCUCACCUGGUGGAAUUUCAAAAGGAGCUGAACUCUGCUGUCCUUAAGGACAUGCGCUCCAAUAAGGACAAUAUCUCAGUCACAGUGUUGGCUGUGGACAUCACCCGCAAAGAGAGCAUGUAUGGUUACCAUGGGAAACGCAUUAUCGAUUUCUUGCGGAUAACCAUGGCGAUGCCUCGUCUCAUCGCCCCUGCAAAGAGACUGCUGGAACAGGGCUUUAAGUUUUCCCAUUUCCCUACCAGCAAUUACCAAUCCUAUGAGGCCAACAUAGACUUUGAAAUCAGGUUUAUGGUGGACAGCGACGUGGUGGGUUGCUGUUGGAUUGAGCUCCCAAAAGGGAAGUACAGAGUGCGUGAAGAGAAGAGCACAGAUAACAGCAGUUCUCAGUCCCCAAGCAAGGCCUCCUUGUGUCAGUAUGAGGUGGAUGUGGGAUGGAUGGAUCUGAUAAGUCACCCUGCAGAGGGAGAGUGGCAGAGGAUUGCACCGCUCAGAGUCCUCAGCUUUGACAUAGAGUGCGCAGGAAGAAAAGGAAUCUUCCCAGAGCCGGACAAAGAUCCUGUGAUUCAAAUUGCAUCUAUGGUGCAGCGUCAGGGUGAGACGGAGCCCUUCAUUCGCACAGUCUUCACCCUGCAGUCCUGCGCCAGCAUCGUUGGCUCUCAGAUACUGUGCUUCACACAAGAGACAAAGUUACUGCAGAGCUGGGCUGAGUUUUUGAGGACUGUGGAUCCGGACAUUAUUACUGGCUACAACAUCCAAAACUUUGACUUUCCCUACUUGCUCAACAGGGCAGCUGCUUUGAAGGUGAAUUAUUUUCCGUACUUGGGCCGAGUGCGAGGCAUCAAAUCAGUUUUGAAAGACUUGAAUUUUCAGAGCAAGCAGAUGGGCCGCAGAGAAAACAAGACCAUUAACAUGGAGGGCCGUGUUCAGUUUGACCUGCUCCAGGUUCUUCUCAGGGAUUAUAAGUUGCGCUCAUACACACUGAACGCUGUGAGUUUCCACUUUUUGCAAGAGCAGAAGGAGGACGUGCAGCACUCAAUCAUCACUGAUUUGCAGAAUGGAAAUGAGCAGACGCGCCGUCGUUUGGCAGUCUACUGCCUGAAAGACGCCUAUCUCCCCCUGCGCCUGCUGCAGAAGCUAAUGUGUGUGAUUAACUACAUGGAGAUGGCCAGAGUGACCGGCGUGCCUCUCACGUACCUGCUCUCACGAGGCCAGCAGAUCAAAGUGGUCUCUCAGCUGCUGCGACAGGCCAUGAAACAGGAUCUGGUAAUGCCUGUUGUAAAGACAGAAGGAGGCGAGGACUACACUGGAGCUACUGUCAUCGAGCCAGAGAAAGGGAAAUAUACCUAUGAUUGUGUCAGUCCACUGUUGUCCACACGUGUUACAUGUGCAGUCUUGUCAUGUCAUUUUCUACCCUGCUCUCUUCUGUGUAGAUAUUACAGCCUUCCCAUUGCCACAUUGGAUUUCUCCUCCUUGUAUCCGUCCAUCAUGAUGGCUCACAAUCUGUGCUACACCACUCUGCUGCAGAAGGGCUCAGUGGAUAAACUGGGCCUGGCUCCCGAGGACUUCAUUAAGACUCCAACAGGCGAUCUCUUUGUGAAGAGUUCUCUAAGAAAGGGACUUCUCCCAGAGAUCCUGGAAAACCUGCUGUCUGCCCGAAAGAGGGCCAAAGCGGAGCUAAAAAAGGAAACCGACCCCUUCAAGAAGCAGGUGCUGGACGGCCGACAGCUGGCCCUCAAAAUCAGCGCGAACUCUGUGUAUGGCUUCACGGGGGCCCAAGUGGGCAAACUGCCCUGCCUAGAGAUCUCACAGAGUGUCACCGGUUUUGGAAGACAGAUGAUUGAGCAAACCAAGCAGCUGGUGGAGUCUAAGUACACACUUUCCAAUGGCUACCAGGCUGACGCCAAGGUAAUUUAUGGAGACACGGACUCUGUCAUGGUAAAGCUUGGAGUUGCAACAGUAAAAGAGGCCAUGGAUAUCGGGAGAGAGGCGGCCGAGUGGGUAUCAUCCCAUUUUACACCACCCAUCAAACUGGAGUUUGAGAAGGUGUACUACCCGUAUCUGCUGAUCAAUAAGAAGCGCUACGCAGGCCUGUAUUUCUCCUCCAGUGCAAGCACGCAUGACAAAAUGGACUGCAAAGGAAUUGAGACCGUCCGCAGAGACAACUGCCCUCUGGUGGCUAACCUCAUCAACACCUGUCUGCAGAAAAUCCUCAUUGACAGGGAUCCCCAGGGGGCCGUGGAACACGCCAAAGAGGUGAUCUCAGACCUGCUCUGCAAUCGCAUCGACAUCAGCCAACUGGUCAUCACCAAGGAGCUAACGCGCACUGCCCAGGAGUACGCUGGCAAGCAGGCGCAUGUGGAGCUAGCAGAGAGGAUGAGGAAAAGAGAUGCAGGUAGCGCCCCCAACCUGGGAGACCGAGUCCCGUAUGUCAUCAUCAAGGCUGCGAAGGGAGCAGCGGCAUACAUGAAGUCAGAGGACCCCAUCUACGUGCUGGAGAACAACAUUCCCAUUGACACACAAUACUACCUGGAGCAGCAGCUGUCCAAACCUCUGCUGAGAAUAUUUGAGCCCAUCCUGGGAGAGAGCAAAGCAGAGAGCAUCCUGCUCAAGGGCGACCACACACGCUGUAAAACUGUGUUAACCUCAAAGGUUGGAGGCCUCAUGGCGUUUGCUCAGAAGAGAAGCACCUGUAUUGGCUGCAAAGCUGUGCUCAAGACAGACGCGGCCGUGUGUGAUUUCUGCAAGAAGAAAGAGUCUGAGCUGUACCAAAAAGAGAUCUUUCACCUGAAUACACUGGAGGAGCGUUUCUCUCGCCUGUGGACUCAGUGUCAACGCUGUCAAGGCUCACUCCAUGAAGAUGUGCUGUGCACCAGCCGGGAUUGUCCGAUCUUCUACAUGAGGAAAAAGGUUCAGAAAGACCUGGACGACCAGAGCAAGCUGGUGUCUCGUUUCGGAUGGUGAGGGAGACGCUAGUAUGCUGCAAUCGCUCAUGUGCCUAAUUUCAGACGACCUCUAUUUUCUGUCUUUUGUAUAAAAAAAAAAAAAGAAAAAGAAAA